UUCAGAUGCUUGGCAAACGCCGCAGCAGCAGCAGCAGCAGCAGCAGCAGCAGCAGCAGCAGCAGCAGCAGCAGCAGCAGCAGCAGCAGCAGCAGCAGCAGCAGCAGCAGCAGCAGCAGCAGCAGCAGCAGCAGCAGCAGCAGCAGCAGCAGCAGCAGCAGCAGCAGCAGCAGCAGCAGCAGCAGCAGCAGCAGCAGCAGCAGCAGCAGCAGCAGCAGCAGCAACAGCAGCACCGCAGCAGCAGCAGCACCGCAGCAGCAGCAGCACCGCAGUAGCAGCAGCACCGCAGCAGCAGCAGCACCGCAGCAGCAGCAGCAGCAGCAUCCAGGCCGCCCAAACCAGAUGCACGGCCUCCCUCCCUGCCUGCCAGCGCAACCCAUAAGAGCCCCCCUAGCAUCCCCCCAACG